AUGGAUGCGCUCAAUUGUGUGAAUACGGCCCCCAUCGCCCCAGGAGUAUCGAUGGACUGGCAGACCCUCAUGGGGAACCUCCGGGGUCGACCACGGUGCCCCUCUAGCGGUCCCUCCGGCUCCCCUAUGUCCUCUUCAGUGGCAUCAAGCCCUUAUGCUAGCACUGGUGUGCCUUCACCUACUCCCUGUCUCCCUGAACCCUCCUAUCAGUUUCCAUCGGGAGACUACCAGGCCGAUGCUACUGCCAACUAUGGUAACGGUUUGCCCAACGCCCCCCACAGCUUUUCCAAAUGGAGUAUUUAUCGCGAGGCUGCACACAGACAGGAGGGACUUGCGAGGCUUCAGUGGGAAAGACAAAUCCAGGAGAGUGUCCGUCAGCGUUUGAGUGCCGCUUGGUGCGGCGCCGAACAGGCUAUGCCGCCAACGUACCCGACCUCCGAUGUCGUUGGUGCUGCUGCUGUUGCUGCAGCGGUAGCAGCUAUGAGAGAGGGAAAGUAUGGAUGCCUUUUAUCAGUUCCAACCGAGACAGCCAACAGGUUGGCUUAUGCUGCCCCCAUGACAAUGACGAGGCCCUCCCCAGCACCCUAUAUGGGUUCCCAUCCGGGGGACGUGGACAAGGCAGUAUUCGAUGCGGCAGUAGCUGCUGCUGCCAAGGCCAUCAAUGAGUCCCGAGGAGGCCCUUCUGAUGGAUCACAGCCGACGGUUGGUGGGGAGCACUUCCGACCUGCCCCCAUGCAACAGCCUAGGGUUGGCAGCCCGACGCCCCCCUUGCUGGCUCCAAUGCCCAGCAGAGCUACUACGACUAAACGUGAACUAUCGGGCAACACCUUAUUUGUCGAGUCCAUGAACCAUCUUCAACAGCAGCCUGUGAAAAAGAACGACCCGGCCAGUGCUACUAGUCUUGGCAGUCACCCUGCUGACGGUGUUAGAUUGGCUCCUUAUGUGCCUCCUGAUGAGGAGGCCUGUGAUCCAGGGGAAUCUUCGUAA